UAUAAUUUAUGAGUUUCGGGCGAUUUAAACAUCAUUUAAUAGAAGUAUGAGGAAGUGUCAUGUUGCCAUGGUGACCGGACGCUCGUGAAACUAUGCUGAGGCGGCGGUGUGUCAGAACAGAACCGCUAUUAAAUUUUCGGUUGAGGUUAGCAUGAUGCUAAGCGGAUGCAGUAUUGCACACAAAGGAGAACAUCCGGUGAGCAAACACACCUGUCAGAUGCCACUUGUUUUAUUUGGGCGGCAGCGCAGGCAGACUGGGCACACAAACCGCUGGCAGUUGGGAUUGCCUCCACCAGGGGAUCUACUCGGGCAAGCCCAGCUCAACAGAGCAGCGGGAACGGCGGGCAUUAGUGUUCACACGUUCCACAGAACCACAAGGUCUGCUGACACACGCCUGCAGAGUGAUGACGCCCCCACCCGAGACUGGUCUUUUCUGCCACCUGUAGAGCCAGCCAGACUCUGCACAGUGCCUGAUUGCUCACCCAGAUCUGCUGAUCCUGAACACCAUUUCUACAUCAUUUCCCAGCAGGUGGUCCCGAAUGCUCCUCCAGAUGCAGUCCUGGAGUGUUUUGGGAGCCUCUGGGAGCUACACUACCCCUACCUGUGCAAAUCCAACACCCUGUCUGAACUCUAUAUGAGAACCAAGAAGCAAAGAGACACAUCAUCACACAUAAAAGGAGAAAGCCCUGCAGGAAUAAGAAGUGUGUUACGAGGCAGGGGAGGGAGGAGAACGAUUCGAAGCAGCCUUAAAAAUGCCACCCUGCUCCAGCUGCCCAUACGAGAUCCCUCCAUCACCAGAGAGUCUCUGUCGUUUGCAUUGCGGACCCUGUACAGGCCAAACGAGUGUCCUGAUCAGUGGGGCGAGGCCGUCCUGGCUACUGCCAACCUGCUGGGACUCCCACAGCUCUUCCAGAGGUGUCUGAAUGAGAUGACAUCCAGCAUCAGUUUUUCGACAGUAUCUGAAUUCCAUCGGGUUUCCUGCAAGUAUAAGCAGGUGAACCUACAGCAGGCGUGUGAACGUUGGCUGGAGAUGUUUUUGGUGACCGACCUGUCAUCUCAGAUCAGCCUCAGGGAUCUGAUCUUCGAUCUCCUGUUGAAAACCCUGCAAAGCCCCAGAGUGUUUGCCUGUGACGAGUACGACCUCCUCCGGACUGUCCUGAACUGGAUCUACCUGCAGUCUAACAGCAGCCAGCACACUUUUCCCUCUCACAGUACCAUCAUCACCUUCUUCAGCAGAUCUUCUCGGGUUUUCCUGGAGGAACCUCUGGGCCAGAUGUUUGCUUUGCUCUUUCAAGCUCUUCAUCUGCAUGGCAUCACAGAACGGCAGCAUAUUGAGGAGAUGCAGAAGAACAAGGUGCUCCCUCAGUCCUGGCUUCUCCUCACCUUCUCCAAGAUCUUCUACUCUAUCCACACUGGAGGCGACAUGCGUGUGACCGACUUCUCCAAGCAGGCUGUCCGCUUUGGAAUGAUCAUCACUGAGGAUCACUGCACUCGAACCAUAGGCCUCUACGGCUUCUAUUUCCUUCUUCAAGCUUCCCGUGUUGGAGGAUCUGAAGUCUUUGAGUUCUCUGUGGAGAGGUUGAGGCACUGGGACCCGGUGCUAACAGAGCACUGUAGGACAUCACAGCCGUUUAGCAUGAGACCAGAACGACCCGCAUGCUAUCAGAUCAACGUUCAAAGCUACGAACAUGGAGAAUAUAAUGAACUCAGCAGUGACGUUAUCAGACACGUGUUCGGCUUGAGUAAACGCUGCUCCAGGAGCCAGGUGUUUCAAGUUCAUGGAUUCAUGCUGCCUAUGUGUGUAACGUUCGCUCUGGCCUUCCCACCGUCAUAAAUGACUCAGAUAAUAAAGUCUCCUCAAUAAAUCCUGCCUCAGGUGCUCAAACUUGUGGAGGAGCAACUACUGAGGAAACAGGAUUCAUUACCUU